AUGGGUAUUCAAGUUGCUACCAGAGCAUGUACUAAAGUAACUACCAGAGAAGGUAUUAAAGUAGCUACCAGAGCAGGUAUUAAGGUAGCUACCAGAGCAGGUAUUAAAGUAGCUACCAGAGCAGGUACUAAAGUAGCUACCAGAGCAGGUACUAAAGUAGCUACCAGAGCAAGUAUUAAAGUAGCUACCAGAGCAGAUACUAAAGUAUCUACCAGAGCAUAUAUUAAAGUAUCUACCAGAGCAGGUACUAAAGUAGCUACCAGAGCAUAUAUUAAAGUAGCAACCAGAGCAGGUACUAAAGUAGCUACCAGAGCAUAUAUUAAAGUAGCUACCAGAGCAGACACUAAAGUAUCUACCAGAGCAGGUACUAAAGUAGCUACCAGAGCAGGUACUAAAGUAGCUACCAGAGCAGAUACUAAAGUAGCUACCAGAGCAGGCACUAAAGUAUCUACCAGAGCAGGUACUAAAGUAGCUACCAGAGCAGGUACUAAAGUAUCUACCAGAACAGGCACUAAAGUAUCUACCAGAACAGGCACUAAAGUAUCUACCAGAGCAGGUACUAAAGUAGCUACCAGAGCAGGUACUAAAGUAGCUACCAGAGCAGGUACUAAAGUAGCUACCAGAGCAGGCACUAAAGUAACUACCAGAGUAGGUAUUAAAGUAGCUACCAGAGCAGGUAUUAAAGUAGCUACCAGAGCAGGUAUUAAAGUAGCUACCAGAGCAGGUAUUAAAGUAGCUCCCAGAGCAGGUACUAAAGUAGCUACCAGAGCAUAUAUUAAAGUAGCAACCAGAGCAGGUACUAAAGUAGCUACCAGAGCAUAUAUUAAAGUAGCUAAUAGAGCAGGCACUAAAGUAUCUACCAGAGCAGGUACUAAAGUAGCUACCAGAGCAGGUACUAAAGUAGCUACCAGAGCAGAUACUAAAGUAGCUACCAGAGCAGGUACUAAAGUAGCUACCAGAGCAGGUACUAAAGUAUCUACCAGAGCAGGCACUAAAGUAACAACCAGAGCAGGUACUAAAGUAGCUACCAGAGCAGGUACUAAAGUAUCUACCAGAGCAGGCACUAAAGUAUCUACCAGAGCAGGUACUAAAGUAGCUACCAGAGCAGGUACUAAAGUAGCUACCAGAGCAGAUACUAAACAGAUCUUAAAAUAUCUAUGA